AUGCCUGAUCCCGUCCCCCCUGAACCCUACCAUUUUGCCCAACAAGAAAGCAGUGGGGAACUGGCUGGUAAGGAUCCAAAUGAAGCUUCGGAGUCGAAGCAAGGUGAACCGCCGGCCAAGCAUACCACGUCAAAGUCAACGCCCAAUCGGGACAAGGGAAACAACCGUGGCGAAGACGAAGACCCUUUCAACGAGGCACCCCCGAAAGCAAACUGGCAGAAUGGGAAUGAAUCGGGUGUAGAUUCAGGGUCAGAGUCAAGUUCAGAAUCAAGCGAUGAUCUGAACCAUGACGAAAUCGAGCGCCUGAUGCGAGAGAACUCUGACCUUUCGAGUUCAGAUGAAGAGCAGGAAGAAGAACAGAAUCAAGACGGUACGGUGGAGAAAGACAAGCGAGGAAAGCGAGGCAAAUCGAGGUCAAUGCGAUUGCAGAACCUGUAUGGGAGCCCCGCGAACACGAUCGCCGUCUUGGUACUAGCUUGCUGGACCUUGAGGGUUCCGCUGGCUUAUCGAGACCUCUCGAGGAUCAUUGAAUCGUAUGAACUGCCAUACCUAGAUCCAGUUCGUUUCUUGCCCCAGUCUAUGGUGCAACACCUGACGAAGCAUCGCCAACAAGCGCUAUCCCCACAUCAUGCUCCGAGCACCCUUUUAUUGCAUAGCCUGGCGUCGCGUUUGGCCGAGAAGUUGCAUAGGACCUACUCCAUCAAUAUUCCUGAAAUCAAUGCGGCACCUCUGCUUUGGAGGGUUGUUCGGGCGUUGGGAGGGACCCCAACAUUGUAUGCUCUUUCCAAGCGGAUUUCAAGCAUCCUGUCAUUUCCAUUAACCUUGAGGCCAAGUUUGACCUCUGGUCUGGCGAAAAACAAGGCGUACGAUCCUGGUAGCCAUCAGUACGACAAUGCGCCACCAGAAGUCAGUAUGAUGGCUAGCUGCGUUAUUGCAUUGAAGAUGGUCUACGGUUUGGACGGAACGGAAAGAUUACCUCGAGAUGCAGCUGAUCCAGCUUGUGCACUUCCCAGCCGUGAUGCGUUCUUUGGGCUACUUCGAAACAUGGUCGAGGAAGACGCCAAGGUGCUAGAAUCGGUGUUUAGUGCAGAAUCUUCAAUACCGAUACAAUGGUGCUUAGAUGUCCUCGACAGUUAUUUUCCCUUGACCCCCGAUCAGGUGUCUGUACAUGCACCAGCGGCUGACGAAGAAAGGAAAGAAAAAACUAGCGCGACACUCGCGGCAAUACGAUUACAGGAAGAAAACGGUGGGGGCGAUAGGCUGCGUCCGGGCGAGAAAUACAAGAUCUGGAACGCGCGGGAUGUGCUGGGCACUGUACCGGAGGAUUACGCGUUUGUGCUGAGCCGAGCGGCCGGCUGGGUUGGAACACGAGAGGAAUACUUGGAACGGGUGAUUGAAACGUACGAGAAACGAGUGUUUCGAUGGCACGAGAAAAUGCAGAGGAAGCCAAGGGGGGAGGGGGAGGUGUCUGAGAACGAGGAGGGAAGGGAGAACAAAGGAUGA